AUGUCAACUUCCAUAGCAGAUCAGAAGGAUAUUAGUCUGGAGAAGAAGGUUUCUACAGACAGCACGUCUUCUCCCUCGGAAGGCCUAUCAGAUUUGAAACCGUUAAGCAAAGAGACCUCAUUAAGUUCAGUGGAUAACUCAAAAUAUUCAGCUGAUAUCAAACCGUUACAGUUUAAGAUGAACCAUGUACCAGGUACUAGAGACAGGAAACAUAUUUCUUACGCAGCUGCGGCUCCAUCCAGUUCCCUUCGGAGUAAUGGUAGCAUGAAGGGCCAAAAGUAUAGUUAUUUGUUUAAUUCGAUAGAUCAGGAUCAGUUCGAGAAAUAUUUGAUGGAACCAACUUAUAUAAAGAUACUGAAAAGAAGGAAAAAUUUGAAAAUGUUUAGAAGGUUGUUUUUGGCUCAAGAGUUGAAAGCGUUUGAUGAUGAAAAUAAGAUUAACGCAUUUACAAACCAGAUAAAUGGAUUACAAUCUCCACCUUUGACACCAACUUCCUCGUCGUCGAAUCUAAAUGCAUUGGCUGAUAGAGCCAUAUGGAUAACGAAAUUCAGUUUGGAUGGGAAGUUCAUGGCAUCCGCGGGGAAAAGUGGUAUCAUAAGAGUUUGGAAAGUUUUAAAUUCACCUAUUGAAAGAUGGGAACUAGGAUCUUCUGUAGAUUCUAAUAACGCUACUCUAGUAAAAUCAAAAAGAUUAAGAAGCCAAAUGUUUUCAUCCAAUCCGUCAUCAUCAAUGAAUACUCCCUCAUCGUCUUCGCAUACUGUUCCAACAACGCAUUCAAAUAAUACUUCUAUUGCAUCGUCAUCAUCUAUGAACUCAAAUUCAAAACCAAGCAUUCAUAACACAACUAGCUCAUCAGAAAGCACAAAUUUCAGAAGAGCACAAACUUUAGAGAAACUGGAUCAAAAAAUAUCAAGCACUAACGAACUCAAUUUAUACGCUCCAGUAUUCAACCCAUCAUGUUUUAAAAUUUUUAAAGAACACACUGCAGACGUCUUGGAUUUAGAUUGGUCCAAAAAUAAUUUCUUAAUAACUUCAUCGAUGGAUAGAACGGUAAAACUCUGGCACCUUGAACGUCAAACUUCAUUGAAGACUUUCCAACAUCAAGAUUUUGUGACUUGUGUCAGAUUCCAUCCAACAGAUGAUAGGUUUUUCAUCAGUGGUUGCUUAGAUCAUAAAGUUAGAUUGUGGUCCAUUUUAGAAAAUGAAAUCACUUUCGAAUUUGAUUGUCAAGAUCUAAUAACAUCAUUAACUCUAUCUCCUGGAGAUGGUAAAUAUACCAUUGUAGGUACAUUCAAUGGUUACGUCCAUGUUUUGCUCACUAAAGGAUUAGAACAAGUAUCUUCAUUCCAUGUGGUCGAUAAAAAUACUCAGGAAAGAAAUACAGCUUCCACCAAAAUUCAUCAUGGUCCAAGAGUCACAGGUUUAGAAUGUUUCAAAUAUGAACCAGAUAAUUCCUUAAGGAUUGUAGUGACAUCAAGUGAUUCAAGAAUUAGAAUUUUUGAUUUGGAAAAGAAAAAAUUACUAGAAUACUUGAAGGGUUUUCAAAGUGGAGCAUCACAACAUAAAGCAUGUUUAGCCACUGUUAAAGGUCAACAAGUGGUAUUAUCAAGCAGUGACGAUCAUUGGGUCCAUGGUUGGAAAUUAAAAUCAUCUACUUCAUUGACGGAAUCAGAGAAAAAUAAUAACAUUGACCAGACAGCAGCGACGACAACAACAACCAAAAAAUCAAACUCCCAUAGUAUUUCAAGGUCAGGAAGUUUUAGAAGCUUAUUUAGUAAAUCAUCCAAAAAGGAUAACAUUGAUGAAAAUGGUAAACAUUCUCAUUUGAAAUUGACUUCAUUAAUUCCUCACUGCCACAAUGGAAGCACAGUGAUUAAAAACAGUGAUGGCAUUUCUUUCCAUGCCCAUCAUGCACCUGUAACCACCGCAAUUGUAGCCCCAUCUGGUACGGCUAAGACUUUAUCAUUAUCCAAUGAUUUUAUAUAUGAAUUAUCAUCAGAAUUCGCAAUGGAAUCUAGAGAUUUUGAGAUGAAUACGAAUAGUGAUACUCACUCAGUAACUACAUCUGGAUCAUCUGAUAAAUCAAAGAUUAGGUCACAUUCAUCAUCAGCUACUCUAGUGCCACCAUCAAUAAGUGCAGUUGAUUUAAUAGGGUCAAUUAUUGUCACCACCGAUAACACAGGGAUAAUACGUGUUUUUAGAGCAGAUAUUUCCAGCACUAUUAGAAAGAAGGUAUUGUGCACGCUACAGCAAUGUAAAAAAGAGUCCAUAAGAUCAAAUAAAAGUGGUGAUUCCUUAAAGACCUUGGCAUCUGCUCCAACCACAGUCACCACCGGACCAACUGGACACGCUAAGUCAUCAUUUCAUUGUCCUAUCAGCAGGGCCAAAUCAAGUGCUGCCGUGAACGCUCUAGCCCUAAACCAAGGAAUGGCCCGGGCCGGAAGUAUAAGUAGGAAAACAAAGUCUUCAUUACCAUUCAAGAGAGCCUCAUCAUGUACCAAUUUUAAUAAUUUGAAUUUCACAAUUGGUAGUGGAUCACCUAGAGAAAGUGUAACAUCGUUUGAUAUAGAUGGGGAGCAUGUUACGAAUAAUCCAAUUAAGAUGGGAGUGAGAUGUGAUGUUUGUCAUGGGAUGAGAUUCGAAGCCAUUACGAAGAAUGUCUCCGGUAGACCCGACAAGGGAUAUUACUGUAUGGAUUGUGGGACCGUUCUUAACAACUUUAGAUAA